AGAAUGCAAGCAAGUCAAGUUACGUUGCGAUUCUCGAGAAAAGUACCCUGCACCAUGCUCAAGAUGCCAAACCCGUCGCUUGCAUUGUACAGUCGACUCUUCGUUCAGGCGAACACCUGCCCGAAAUGGAGGAAAUGCAGCGACAAUUAGAGGCGUUCAAACAUCAGCGAAAUGACCACCCAGCACGAUCCACUGGAUCUUCCUCUGUUGCGGACCUGUCCAACGUUUCUCCACUUGGUGACACGGAGCUUGAUUGGAAAGUACUAUUUGACUAUGAUCAGUUGCAGCGCAGCGAGUAUUCCCUUGGCGACUGUACGUUGGAGAAGGAAAUGGUCAUCAGCAUUUACAAAAUUUUCGCGAAUCAUUUCCAUCCUCACUUGCCCAUACUUGAGCCGACAAUAUCGAUUGACCUAUUGCAUAAAACAUCGCCUUUGCUAUUUUGGACCAUUAUCGCUGUUGUACUUGCUCGUCGAAUAAAGCCCGACUAUGCUCAACUUUUUAGUGGGCUCAAAGCAUCUUAUGUGGCGCAACUCAAUAAUGAUAUAUUGAAUGCGCCAUUGCCGCUCCAUGUCAUUCAAGCUAUGUUGAUUCUAAUAAACUUCCCCUUCCCUGUGGAUCGUCAGAGCAAGGAACCUAGCUGGUUAUACUGUGGUCUAGCUGUCAAUGCAGCGCUGUACAUGGGGCUCCAGAAACCUACCCCUAUACAGUCAUUACGAAGCAUCGGUGUCGUGCCUGGAGCGUUACGUGCUAGAGCAAGCACUUGGCUGGCAUGCUUUUUGUCAAGUACUUCCUUAAGUAUGUUUGUCGGGUUAUCGCCGCUGAUCAAUGGUAACUCUGAGUUGGAUACUAUUGAACGUUAUACCCGGGAAUUUGCGUUCCCUCGCGAGUAUGUCUACCAGAUCCUGGUGCAACAUACUAUAGCCAAGUACGCAACUGUACUGCUCAACGACUCCAACACAGCUGUCAGUCUAGCCAUUGUCCAGCUGGUCGACGGUGAAUUGGACGGUCUCAAGUCAAAGUUGUGCAACGAGUUCACUCCAACGAUGGAGUACAGCGUUUUGGUGGCUAAACUACAUCUAUACGCUAUGACUGUCGUGCGUAUGCAGUCCGAUUUGACUUCGAGAAACGUUCUUCUCCAACUUGGGCUCUCGGUAUCUCUUCGAAUUGUGUACCUUAUCCGAGAGGGGUUGGCUUAUGAGUCUGAGGACAACACCGAUAUUCCCAAAGAAAAUUUGCCCCUGACGAUUCCCAAGAAUCACUACCGCGGCCUUGUACUGGCAUCAAUAUUCCUGCUCCGGUACUUUGCAUUGAACAACCAUGCUUCUCCUGAAGAGCAAGAGCUUGCUCGCAAUCAUGUCGCAAUUGCGCAUACCUACUUCAAAUCUGUGUCCGUAGAAGCCGGCGAUGAACAAGACCGGGGGGCGAUCCUACUAGCAUCUCUCAGCCAACAGAAACCUAUGGAUAUUGACAGCAUGAAACUUCGGGUUUCUGAUCGCUUAGGUGCUUCUUUGGUCUACGAAGCUAUCACCACUGCCCAUGAGCUUCGAAACGACAAUAUUGAAGCCGAAGAAACUGCGCCUAAGUCGACGGAUGAUGCCGAGGCAGGGGCAGUCGAGCAAGGUCCACCUCCAUUGAAUGAAGAUAUUGUUAUUCCAGAAAUUAUUGACCCUAUGGAUCUCAACCCACUGGAUUUCUCUCUGCCGGCAGAUUUAUGGGGUGAUUCAAUGUGGGGAAUGUUUGAUUUCAAUUCUUUUCCAAAUCAGACCUUAGAAUAGAAGCGAUCCAUUCUCCCCAAUCAUCAGUACAGAGGCAGACUGUGG